CUCGUUACCACAAUGAGCUGGGGGGCACUCUAUGCCCAGCUGGGUGGCGUUAACAAACACUCCACCAGUCUAGGGAAGAUUUGGCUUUCUGUUCUUUUCAUCUUCCGCAUCACUAUACUUGUCCUGGCUGCUGAGAGUGUCUGGGGCGAUGAGCAGGCAGACUUCACAUGCAACACACAGCAGCCUGGCUGCAAAAAUGUCUGCUAUGACCACUUCUUUCCUGUGUCGCACAUCCGCUUUUGGUGCCUGCAACUGAUCUUUGUAUCCACACCGGCCCUGCUGGUGGCCAUGCACGUCGCCUACAGGAGGCGAGGGGAGAAGAGGACUAUGUUGGCCUCCAACAGCAAUGAGAAGAUGACAGAUACUGACCUGGAGACACUGAAGAAGAGGCGCUUGCCCAUCACAGGCCCUCUGUGGUGGACCUACACCUGCAGCUUGUUCUUCCGGCUCAUCUUUGAGGGCGGGUUCAUGUAUGCACUAUACUUUGUCUAUGACGGCUUCAAGAUGCCCCGGCUAGUAAAGUGUGAGCAGUGGCCUUGCCCCAACACAGUGGACUGCUUUAUCUCCAGGCCAACAGAGAAGACGGUCUUCACUAUCUUCAUGGUAGUCUCAUCAACCAUCUGCAUGGUGCUGAAUGUGGCCGAGCUGGGCUACCUCAUCUUCAAGGCACUCAUAAGGUGCUCAGCCAGAUCAAACAAGAGGAGCCUCCAUUACACCCACCCAGACGGCGUGAAACGAGAUAAAACUGUUCUGCAGAACAGGACCAAUGAGAUGUUGCUGCCUUCCUCCACAGAUUCAUCCAGCAACAAGACCAUGUGUUGAAGGGCAACUAGGGUUGCAACAGUAUGAGAUUUUCACGUCAUCUAAAAAAUAAAUAAAUGGAUCACUGUUUCACAGUAUUACGGCCUCACACACUUACUACUACUGUCAGCUACAACAACCCUUAAAAGAAUCAAAACUAAAGGGUCUUUUUUAUUGUGACUGUGGCAGUUGAUUGAGUUGGACUGCAGAGCUAGAUUGGUCUUAAAAGGUAGACAUCAUUAUGAUUUUAAAAAAAAAAAUAGCAUAAAACUGUUACUUAUCAUGUUAGUUUGCAUGUAGGCACCAGUAGUAGACGACAUAUUCACAUCCUUCACUUAAG